CCACAAGUCUGAAGUGUCACAUCAGAGCGAACAGAGAGCCGACGAAGAUGGACGCAGUCCUGCUGCUCGUCAUGGCUGCAUCAGGGCUGAGUGCCGUCUCAUCACAGCUCCGUCGUCAGUACCAUUUUGUUUAUGACCAGAAGAACAUGCCUGAAGCUCAGAAGUACUGCAGAGAAACAUACACUGACCUGGCAACUGUAGACAACAUGGAGGACGUGAAGAUCCUGAACCACACGGCAGAUAACAGCUCAGUGGUGGACUCUGAAUACAGCCAUGACAGGGGAGGAGAGGUGACAGGAAGCUGGAUGAGAGAGAGAGAGAGGAUGACUUCAGCAAAAGGCUGCAGGUCGGACUGGAACCCUGAGCUGCUGCAGCGAGGACAAGGCCUCUGUAAGAGGGACGAAGCUCUACUGACUGAGCUACCAGGACACCCACCAGCCACAAGUCUGAAGUGUCACAUCAGAACGAACAGAGAGCCGACGAAGAUGGACGCAGUCCUGCUGCUCAUCAUGGCUGCAUCAGGGCUGAGUGCCGUCUCAUCACAGCUCCGUCGUCAGUACCAUUUUGUUUAUGACCAGAAGAACAUGACUGAAGCUCAGAAGUACUGCAGAGCAACAUACACUGACCUGGCAACUGUAGACAACAUGGAGGACGUGACGACGCUGAUCAACAUGGGAGAUCUAAACCAAGUGUUUCAAGGUUACUGGAUCGGGCUUUAUGAUGACCUGAACAGCUGGAGGUGGUCGCUGUCAGACACCAGCUUCUACAGAGACGGGGAGGCCGAGUUCAGACAGUGGUGGCCUGGACAACCAGACAACUAUAUCAGUAGAGAGCACUGCACUGCGAUGAUUAAUGGACAAUGGAACGACGUUGAUUGUAUGACUCGCUAUAGGUCGGUCUGCAUGGAUGUCAGAGGGCUGAAUGUGACGUUCGUCCUCAUCGAGACUGGCAUGAACUGGACUGAGGCCCAGAGCUACUGCAGAGAACACCACACAGACCUGGCCAGUGUGAGAAACAUGACAGAGAACCAGAAGGUAGCGGACCUGGUACCUGCAGGACAAGAAGCCUGGAUCGGCCUUUACAGAGACUCCUGGAAGUGGUCGGAUGGAAGUGACUCCUCAUUUAGACACUGGAAGCAAGGUCAACCUGAUAACUCUGGUGGGAAAGAGGCUUGUGUGGUGGGAAGUUUAAGAUACUCUGGAAUAUGGUUGGACAUUCCCUGUGACCUGAACAGACCGUUCGUUUGCUACAUCACUGUGACUACAAAGCAAGUGAUCAAAGUGCGUCUGGAGAGAAAGGACUCCUCUCUGGAUCUCAACGACCCUGCUGUGAUGGAACAAAUGUUGAAGGAGGUCCAGCAGAGGCUGAAGGACCAGGGGGUGAAAGGAGACGUCAAAGUGAGCUGGAGGAAGCAGGCAGAUGGAAAGGUCUUCCACGAGGAGGAGGAGGAGACAAAGGAGAAGAAGACCCGUCGCAAGAGGGACGAGAUUUAAAGGGGCGCUACGUAGUUUUGGAGAAGAAAUUCAGACUCAUGAUUUUAAUGUUUACAAUAUUAAUGAGGUAAUAAUACAAACUCAGAAAUAUUAAUCUUUUCCAUCAGUGAGUCAACAAGCUGUUCUCAGAGGAGA